AUGGCGGAGGCAUUUCCAAGUCCUCCCCUCUCUCGCGGACCUCCAAGUCCGCGUAAGCGGCGCCGCCUCCUCCGGGAGUCGAAGGAUAACGAGGGGGAUAUGGAAAUCGAACAAUACGUCCAUCGCACAGACCCAUUUCGAAAAACUAGCUUCCCAGACCCCGAUCCGACAGCCCUUAACAUCGCCACCAUGGCCGCUGAGGAAGAUCCUACGCAGCAUUUGCACCGUGACAUCUUCAACACCCUCGACCAGCAUGGUCUGCCAGCGAAGUCACUUUUUCAUAUGGUGAAUGCAACCAUCCACGGUGCCAGCUUUCCUCUGCUUCGUGUCGUUGUUUCGGGUGAUCAUUCGGCUCUAGUACCCCUAGGGUCCAUCAAAGACGAUCUCAUUACCUUUCUAAGCAGCCAUGCCCUUUCACAGAUCCAGGUCGAGGUGAUCAACGGGGGCCACUUUUAUGUCCCUACUUUGUUCUCGAUCGACUCAAAAGCCGAGCUUGCCAUUGCGUUUCACCAUCUCAAGGAUGAGGUCGUCCGGCUUCUCGGGCGAGACUCUUGGAGCCAAAUGGCAACUGGUUUGGAUUCCCGUUCCGCGCGGCCAGCCCUUGUUGUUGGUGUUCUACCCUCAACAAAUGCAAACUGGUAUCAGCUCCAAGCCCACCUGACGCAUCGGCUUACGCCACACAUCCCUCCUGUUUUUACAGACAUCGAGUUCCUCCCUGGGAAACUCAACCUCCUUGGGGAGGGUGAUCCCGUCUCAUUCAAAGAUCGUGUCAAAGGCCAUAGGGACAUUCAGAUGGGAUAUUCGAUCGGCAUUCGAGGAGAUAAUAACCCUGGUACCUUAGGAGGCUUUGUCGAGGUUACACAUGACGGUGAAACGCACCGUGGCCUCCUGACCAAUUACCAUGUUGUGCGCCCCUCCCCUCCAUAUGCUCACCUUGAUACAAUCAAUCGGAAGGGCAUAUCUCCUCUCUCGCCUGUCCCCUUCCAGGGGAAAAUCACCGUUGAAUCUCUAGCCAGGAUGGACCGUUACUAUACCCUGAACGAUGUUGAGCUCCAGCUACGAGCCCUGGACACACAGAAGGCUCAAGUCGUAGACUCAAUCCGGAAACGGCAGCUAAUGGGCGAGGCACCUCGCACAUCCUCCCAACGGCAGCUUGAAGCCAUGGAAACCUGGGAGAGAACUCUGAUUGCAACACGCCCAGUCAUCCAAGAGAUGCCACACGUCCUAGGUGAUAUCCAUUCUGCGUCAGGCCUCUUAGUGCAUGGUGGACGCGUUAUUGAUUGGGCUUUCGUCGAGCUGACUCCGGAGGCCGAGGAGCGCUUUUUUAGGGCCAACCGAAUGCCCGAGGUCCCAAGGAACCAGAUGCCUCAAAGCAGCUUCUUCGGUCAAUCUCCGACUCUAGUCGCAGCAGGAACCCACCUCGACAAAUUUAGCUCAUUACAGGAAGAUACGUACUAUGUCAAACAAGGGCGCACCACUGACGUAACAGGUGGAGUGUGCAACGGUGUGCUGUCUGUUUGCAAAUGGGCGACACAAUACGAUAUAUAUGGUAAUAGCGCCGGUGGCAAAGAUCUUUGUACGGAGGAGUUUAUGAUUAUAGGUGUCCAAGAUCGCUUUAUUGAGUCUGGUGACUCUGGCUCAUUUGUCGUGGAUUCGACCGGGGCCGUUGUGGCCUUAUGUUCGCCGAAUACGAUCACAACUUACAGACUGUCGGACUUGCAUUAA